AUGGCUGCCAGUCCAGAUCCAUACCGAGCCGACUUUCUUUGGAAUGAACUGCUUCCGUAUUCAACUGGAAACGACAAUCAUUUGCAAGCCAUCAUAGAUGGAUUGAGUGUUGAAGCUGCCUCUGGAAAUUAUGCUCCUGGCGUUACUGGUUGGACCAAACAUCUCGUCGCGCAUCUGGACUUGAAGCUUCCGAUCUCGGAACAAGAUCGUGCUAAAAUAGGAUGGCUACUAUUUACUUUGGUCAUCAACCCAAAGAUGGGCACAGCAUUGGUCGAAUCAUAUGCUAGCAUCAUUGUUCGACUCGUUGGAAAAGAGAAAUUCAUUGCUUCAACCGCCCUGCAAUUACCAUGGCGUCCUUUGUAUGAGAUUUUGAAAAAAGUGUUCUUGCCAAAACAGAAGGAUCGAUCAUUACCUGGUGCAGCCCAACACUUGUACUCCAUUGUCAAGCUCGUCGAGCAUGCUCGUAGGUUCUUUCCACCUACUGCCGCGUCCGAAAUCCUCGAAGAAAUGCUACCCAAUAUCUCGUCGCCAACUGCACCUACUGCUGCCAUCUACCAAACCCUAAUGUGCUUGUUCCUGCCAACAAAUAGUAUUCCUCCUCAAGUACUCACCGACAAUUCAGCUCCACCUUUGUAUUUCCUUCCGACAAUCUUCUCCUCGUGGCAGACAUUUACAUAUGCAGGUCUUGAUACUAUAUAUUUCGACUUUCUGAGUCGAGUAGCUAAAGAUCAAGUCGGUUCUCCGGAAAAUACUCGUUGGACGGAGGACCAGGUCAAAUCCAUGUUUACUGUCGCCUUGAAGAACAUGGAUUUGCCAAUAGGUAGCGGUACUCAGGGAAUCAGUGGCAAUCGUGGUGCAGGAUCAGGCCUCAAAAUAGACGGUGGUAUUGAUAUGAUGGAAUCCUUAAAAAAGAACAAGUUUGAAGCCUUUGCUAAAUUCAUUGUAUAUACUAUUUAUCCACCAGCACAGGAAGGUAAACCAGCUCCACCACCAACAAACACGUUGAAUGCACUUGCACAAUUAUUGCAAGCUAUUGAAACAUACUUCCAUCCAUCAAAUUAUGGUCGUUGGGUCUCACCCUUGACUCGAUUCCUGUUUUCGCUGUCUUCUGAAUUUCUGAAGAGAUUCAGAGAAGAAGCUAAACCAGAUUGUGAAACACCCAUCCAUUAUCGGCUUACGGACGACAUAAAGAAGGAAUUCGUCACCAUAAUCAGACCAUGUACAUUUUUCGCAAUGUUUAGUAAAGAUCCACUCUCUGUAAUGAGCUCCCAUUCGAUCCUCAAGCAGCUAGUAUGGCUUGCUCCUGAACUGAUAUUCCCAGGACUGUUGGAACGUGUUUAUCCUGCAUUAGAGACGUUGACGGAAACUCAUCGAACUAUAUCUUGUAUUGGAGCACUGUCAUCUACUGCUACAGCUCUAUUCAAUCGAAGCCAUUAUCCAGCUGGAGGACGACACGUCACACCUUUGCUGAACUUGAUCUUGCCAGGAAUUGAUGUUAACGAUCCAACAAAGACAGUGUCAACUCUGUUUUUCAUUGCUCAUACUUGUAUGACUGUACCUUUAGUGGAUGUUACUAAACUGUCGAGUAAUGGUGGUACGAAUAACUCGAUGGAAAUUGAUGCUCAGCAAGACAAUGGUAUGGAAAUUGACCUAGAAGAAGAGAAUGAUGCUUGUCGACUUGCUACAAUGGACUUUGAAGACUGGGUAGUGAGCUUUUUAGAACGCAUCUUUGUUAUGCUCGAAAACUUGCCUCAGCAACAUGGACAACAAGGGAACGCCACAAUAGAAACAUCCAUACUGCAGCUUGUAAACUAUGCAGCCGAGCAGGUCUUCCUGCAACUCUCCCCUGAAAUCCAUGCUGUCGCUUUGAGUAAAUUGGUCAAGUUUGUAACAUCCUCCACCAUCCCUAAUGCGACCAAAGCUAUUGGAACCAUUUGCACAACAUCCAUGGGCUCAGAUCCAGAUAAAAAUCUUGCUGCCUUCAUUCCAUUGUGCCAUGCUCGAAUCAUGGCCGAGUUGUCGAAUGGUGCCGGCGCAGUCGCUACUUCGUCUAUAUCUUCCACACAUCCAUUUGGCAUGAACACGUUAUCAGACUCAACGCUCCAUUGGUAUCAGUCUAUUCUGAUGGGCGUUUUAUCGAGUGCUGGCAAGGGUGUACUCAAGUAUAAGACUGAGUUGGUUCAAGUCAUCACGGAAAUGCUGUCGGUCUGUAAAGGGCGUCGAGGAUAUAAGUGGGCUGGCAAGGUGCUUAGGAAUUUGUUAAUAUGUCUGUUAGAUACCUAUCCAAUGGAACUGAGAAGUGUUACUCCUCAGCAGUGGGCAGAUAAAGAGUACAUGGCCAAUAUACACAAAAGAUGGGGUGCUCCAAAUGCCAAGAUAGACAUGGAAUGGCAUAUACCAUCACCAGCAGAAAUAGAAUUCGCGAUGGAACUGAUCCAGAUGUUUUGGCCCUCAACACUGGACCAUUUGCAGAACCUCAUAAAUAAGGCUUCCACUGGUCGAAAUACGCCAUCCAUGUCAUCAUCAGGUUACAAGGAUGACUCGAACGAAUUCGCUCGUUGCAUUAAUUUAUUAUGCAACCUCUUGAUGGGUACAUGCACACUCAUUGGACCUGAAGGCUCCACAGUGCAAGGAUUGUCUGAUACAGAUCCCGAGACUCCGAAUGAUAAUCAAUAUCCGAUUGAUGCUGGAUAUGUACUCAAGCCAUCCGACCCACUUUAUGCACCAUUUUUAGCACUUCGAAACAAGACCGGUGCAUUUUUACACACACUUGCGCAACACUUUGGUGCUAGCAGACCGGAUGAUACGGAUCCAAUAAAACCACUCGUGAAAGCCGUAAGGGUGUAUAUAGGUGACAGGGGCCUGGAACCUCACGAGUACGAAGGCACACGACGCGGAUAUCGGUACUUGAAAGCAUACAUCAAGACAGUAGAAGAUACAAAAACAGACCGUCCUCGAUACUCGCUUGUGAAACGAAUACUGCUACAACAUUCUUUGCGUCGCAGGUAUAAUGCCAAUCAGCAAGUAUUUGAUGAACGAGUCAAGGCACUCUUUAGUGACUUGGCAGCAUUGAGUGUUGGUAAAUACUCUGAGAUACGAAAGCUGUCACAGACAGUGUUGAUUAGAUCGAUCAAAUGCUUUGCUGUUGCCAAAUUCAAGACGUUUUAUGCAAUGACUGAUGCGUUGCUAGAAGGUGGUGGUGGGUUUGACGGUACAGGCGAGAAGGAUUCGGAUAAAAUGAAGGGUGCUUUGUAUGUAUUGAAGAAUCGUGUGGUGCUGGGUGUCGCACUUUCACGAAUCAAUGCUUCGAAAAGACUCGCCGAGGUUCUCUGUGGUGCCCAUGGUGAAGAUAAGCCAUCUGUUCAAGAACUUAUCCGAAAAACAUUCAUGGAAUUCUUGAUUGCCUACUCUGAGCUUGGGAUACAAGUACAUGUGACUACAGAAACGGCACAAGCUGCUCGUGCUUUAUCUGCCAAUGUCAGCGAGAACGAAGUAAAUACCAAGCAGUCUGUGGAAAUUAGUCGUGGAAUAUCGAAUCGUCGUACAUAUCACGAGCUGAUUGACUAUCUCUUGACGCAUGUCCAAAAUCCAAACCUCCACUGGCGAUUUGCUGCCAUGACGAGUAACUUCAUCGAGUUACACCUACGUAGAGAUGAACCAAUACCAGUUGGCCUCGCCAAUUUUGUGGUAUCGCAAAUAAACUCGGAGCUUCCCGCCGUUCGAAGGACGUGUACGUCUCUUCUCACUACUUUAUUCGUAACGGUGAAAGAACGUGCCAUAUCGAACGGGGGUAGUGCUCUUUUAGAUGUCAAGAAGAUAGUAAAAGCUGACGACGUAGAUCCCGAGACAUGGUUGACUGAUGGUAUAAAUCCCAACUCGUCAACACCCUUACAAGAUAAUCCCGACCUAGGAUGGUUGUGCUUCCCACCCCACGCCAAAGUAUAUACAUUUGCUCCUCGAGACUUGAAUAGUCUACCAUACACCGAUACUACUUCACAACCAGCCAUGACUGUAAUCCAAACUGCCUUGUCUGAUCCAGCCUUCUGGUCUAAACAUGCAACAUAUUUAUCCCAGGAGUCUGCAAAAGGUUUAGAAAACUUCAACUCUCUAAACGCACGAUUCUACCAAGCCAUGAUUGGAUUCUAUCAAGAUGCCUUUAUUGAGACGUGUAUCAAGCCACAAGUAGUAUCACUGGUAUUGAAUCAUGGUGGUGAAAAGAGUAAAGAGAGAGCUGGAUUGGAGAUAUUGGGUGGAAUUGUACGCGGGUCGAAACACUUUGGGCCACUUAAAUUGAAAAAGAUGUGGGAGUGGGUUGUACCUUUGGUCGAUGAAGGGUUGAAAAAUGUGACCCCUGAAACAUUGACGUUUUGGGACUCCUUCCUCUCUUUCACAUAUCGUAAUCGAGACCCACGUCGAUUAUUACCACUCAUUCAGCCUAUAUUAUCCGAUCCACUGGACCCGAACUCGUCCUCCUUCUUUUCGGAAACCAAGAAGCUAUAUCUUGUGCGUCCAAUCUUGGCGUCUUUCUCCUGGCGUAUUUUGCCAUUGGCGUUGCCAUUGCUACCAAAGUAUAUUCAAGCUAUGAAUAGUCCUUAUAAGCAGGUGCGAGAGUUGUUGGGGUCUUGCAUAAUGGGAAUUUUGCAGCUCAUCUGGCACCCUUCAGCUCCAAACAUACGUACAAUCGUGCAAUGGAGUACUGCAAAAGACUCGGCUAGUCAAGUACCCAUACAGAUGGACCCCAAAAUCAAACCAAUAAUGAUCAACUUAUUCAACGACCUUAAGAAGGCUCGAGUUGAAGCUAAAGCUCUUCAUACUACCACCAAUGUCACUACACCCACAGUAUACAGUAACACCGCUAAAACCAUCCUCUCGUGGACGUUUGAGGCUCUCACGACUGGUGGCAUAUUCAGCAUAUAUCCUUACAUUGAGUUGCUGCUCCCCGCUAUUCUGGAUAUGCUGGACUCUGAUGACUCUGACCUAGUUACUCAAGCCAACGCCGUUGUCGGAGUCUAUCCGCAAUUAGCGCAUACUCCAUCACUCUUGCCUCCUGUUGCGAAAAUCCUUCAGGAUAUACUGCAGGACCGAGGUGUAGGAGAUGCAACGAACGGUGCAGCAGCUGUAGAGAAGCCAUCAUGGCAUAUUCGGAUCCGGGUAUUGCCCAUAAUCCAAGUCUUCUUCUUCAGGAACUUGUUCGCCAUGCCGUCUGAUAUUCGAUUGGGCUUUGUCAAGUCUGUGCUGGAUGCGCUGUUUGAUUCUCAGAUUGAGAUACGACAAUUGGCAGCUGUGACUCUAUCUGGGUUGAUUCGAUGCUCUCAACGUGACGAUAUCUCUGUGUUGAAGACACGUUUUGCCACUGAAUUGAGCAAAAAGUUGCCAUCUCGCGUAAAGGGAAGUGGAUUACCUCCACCGCUUGGAUAUCAGGAAGCCAUAUUAAGACGUCACGCCGCAACUCUUGGAUUAUCUUCUCUUGUCACUUCUACUCCGUAUGAAGUACCAGAUUGGAUGCCUGAUGUGCUAGUAAUGCUGGCUAAAUGUCAUUCAGAUCCUGCUCCCAUCUCUGCUACUGUAUCCAAAACCUUUGCAGAUUUCAAGCGAACUCAUCAGGAUACCUGGCACGAAGACUCUUUGAAAUUUAGCGAGGACCAAUUGUACAUGCUGACAGACCUUCUCAUCUCACAGUCGUACUAUGCUUAA